UUACCUUUUUUCAUUCUCGCAAAUCUCGUAAAAUGAAGCAUAUUGCCAGAGACCAGAAAUAGGGAAAUGCCCGGCAAAAUAAUUAUGCAUUCAUUAAGUUGCCAGCAACAACACUUCGGGUCAUCAGAAUUCAGAAACUUUCCUAUCAUGGCUUAUCGAUAUCGUUCUUCGCCUAGAUAUUCAUCCAAUCCAUAUUCUGAAUUGACAACAGAGAUUAAGGAAGAGUUCAAAUCUAUUGAGCUCGCCGCCAAUUCGACUUUGGAAGACAAAUUUAGAUGGUGCGAGGAACUUCAGCAAAUUGUUCAACGCGCUUUGCCCGGAAGUCGGCUCAUCUUGGUCGGUUCGUCAACAAAUCUAUUCGGUUUUAAACACAGUGACUGCGAUCUCACUGUGAUAACCAGGGAAAGUUAUGUUUCUGAAAUGGGAUGCCUGAGUAAAAUUGAGGAAGCUUUAAAACCUUACCGAAGGCGGUAUAAAGUGGAGUCAGUAUACGGCGCAAAAGUGCCAAUCCUGAAGAUUCGAGAUGACAUAUCUGAUUAUGAGGGUGACAUCAGUAUCAACCAAAAAUGUGGGGUUCAGAGCACCUAUCUACUCAAAUGUUAUGCUUUGAUGGAUCCACGUGUACGACCGCUGGCAUUGAUAAUAAAAAGAUGGGCGCAAAAAGCAGGCAUUUGCGAUGCGAGACAACACAAACUCUCUGGAUUUGCUGUGAUCCUGCUUAUUCUCCAUUACCUCCAGAAAGGAUGCACUGACCCUGUUAUACCUUCCUUGCAAGCAACAUUUCCCCGGUUUUUUGCUAGCAGUUCGUCAGUCCUUUCACUUGCUGAAAAGCUUUCAAACACGAAAAAAGAUAGCGUCCCUUACGAUGUGCGAAGUUAUUCGUCACGAAAUACCCAGACGUUAGGGGAGUUACUUGUUGGAUUUUUCAAAUUUUACUCAAAUUUUUAUUGGGAGAAUGUCAUCUCAAUUCGCACUGGGGAUUAUAUUCCAUUAAGUAACUAUAGUGAAGGCACAUGGAGAAAACCUCAAAUAAGAAUAGAAGAUCCUUAUCAGCGUGGCAACGUUACUAAAGCAGUUUACCAGAUCAGUGUUUCUUACAUGAUCAAGGAGGCUUUUGGGAAGGCUGCAAGGGAGUUAGAAAGAGAUCCAAGUUUGACCGCGAUCAUGUGAUCAUUGUAAAUGAAAAAGAUGACAGAUGUAGCUAAUCAACUGUACGUAAAAAAUCCAUUGCUAUUUUGAAGGUCGGUAGCGUUAUUGGAA